UUUUGUUGGUCAACACUGCGUUGUGGUCGUCUGCUGACAAGAAACUGAAAAGAAAGAACCGAUUUUACAGACUUAAAGAAGUAGUACAUACGAAGACCCUCGGAGAAAUGGCAACUACACAGUGCCAAAGAGAGAAAACUAAAGAUUUGACAGGGAUUUUUCCAAAUGAGACUGUGACAGAACAGAAGUCCAUACUGUUUGUGAAGAAACUUUUGGCUGUGGCAGUUUCAAACAUUGCUUACCUAAGAGCCUUGUUUCCAGAGCAUGCAUUUGGAGAUCGUUCAAUUGAAGACCUACAUUUGAAAACUUUGAGAGAUGACAGUGCUUGUCCAGGAGUGUGUAAAUUCAUACAGUAUAUGAAAGGAUGCUUUGAUGCCUUGGACAAGAAAUAUCUUAGAAUACUUAUCCUAGGGCUCUACCGUGAUCCAGAAAACCCUGAGACCUUGAUUGAAUCCUACACAUUCAAGUUCAGCUAUGCAGAUGAGACAGGAGUAGAUAUCUACAG